AUGGAUGCGCUUUGUAGAGAGUUGAAGCCAUUAAAAGAGGAAAUUUCAGAAAUUGUGGCUUCCCUGGGUUUCUUAAACGGACAGUAUGAGGAUCUCAUUAAGGAGAAUAGGGUCGUGAAGCAGGAAUUAUCUGAGUUGAAACAGAAAGUGGAACUCCUAUCAUCGACUCACGAUAAUCGAAUAAAGCUUCUCGAAAAUACAGUUGAGGAGCAGUCACGACAACUCAUCGGGAACAUGCUCGAAAUUCGAAAUGUCCCGUGGUCACCAAAGGAGACAAGUACAGACUUAACAAAGACUACACUUGGUGUUCUUCAAGUUGUAGCUCCUCAGUUGACCUCAAGCGACCUCCUAGAAGUUCGACGCAUACCCUCGAAAACGGAAAAAAAGACUAUAUUAGUUUCUGUUACCACCAAUGUCGUGAAGCGAAGCAUCAUUCUAGCCACGAGAGAUCUCUACGCGAAAAAACAUGGACACCGUUUAAACUCCUCAAUUGUAGCUCCACAUAGCCCACGCGAGAACAUCUACAUAGACGAGCAUCUAACUGCAAAAGGUAAACGUCUUUAUUUUCUUGCCCGCCAACUAAAGAAAAAGGGUCUCUAUAGAUUCUGUUGGACUGCAAAUGGUAAGGUUCUACUCCGUGAAAAAGAGGGUACAAAUGCGAUUCAUAUCAUGGAAGAAGCACAGUUAACUGAUCUCACGAACAAAAAAGAGUUAAAUAAUGGCUCAGAUUGA